CCCAGUUCCGCCCAGUCUGGCCCAGUUCCGCCAUGAGCAGCAGCACCGACCCCCCCCCCAGGAAGGCCCUGCGGGAGCGGCUCCGUCGGCAGCGCCUGAACCGGGCCCUGGAGCGGCUGCGGCGCCUCCUGCUGGAGGCCACCGGCGAGCGGCGGCUGCUGAACCCCAGGGUGGAGAAGGCCGAGAUCCUGCAGGGGGCGCUGCGGUUCCUGCGGGCCCAGCCCCGCCCAGCAGAGCCACGGGGCCGCCAUGACGAGGACGAGGACGAGGACGAAGAGGAGGAGGAGGAGCUGCGGCGCCAUUUCCGCCGUGGCUACCAGGCCUGCCUGGCCCGAGCCCGGCGCUUCCUGAGCGGCGUCUCCGGCCCCGCCGGCGCCGCCGGCCCGACCCAGAAAGGCCUCGGGAGCGAUUCCGGGGCUGCCGGGCACCGCGGGCACGCCGGGCGACGGGGCAGGGCCGGGGGCACCCGUGGUGGCCGCGGUCGUGGCCUUGGUGGUGACCACGAUGAUGGACCAGGUGGUGACCACAGUGAUGGACCAGGUGGUGACCACAGUGAUGGCCUUGGUCAUGUGUCCACUCGUGGCCUUGGUGGUGACCCCAGGGGUGGCCUUGGUCAUGUGCCCAGUCCUGGCCUUGCUGGUGACCCCGGGGGUGGCCUUGGUGGUGUGUCCACUCAUGGCCUUGGUCGUGUGUGCACUCAUGGCCGUGGGCAUGGCCUUGGUCAUUUCAUCACUGAUGACCCCGGUCAAGUGUCCACUCAUGGCCUUGGUGGUGACCCUGGGCAUGGCCUUGGUCACGUGACCGGGGGUGACAUCAGUCGUGUCCUGGGUGCUGUCACCGGUCUUGGUCAUGGUCUCAGUGGUGACCACAGUUGUGGUCAAGGUCUUGGUCUUGGUCAAGGUCUUGCUUUUGUCCCCAGUGGUCACCACAGUCAUGGUCCAGGUCAUGGUCACGGCCUUGGUCAUGUGUCCAGUGGUCACCCCAACCAUGGCCUUGGUCUUGGUCAUGGCCUUGGUGUUGGUCAUGUGUCCAGUCAUGGUCUUGGUCUUGGUCAUGUCCACAGUAGUGACCCCAGUCAUGGUCUUGCCGUUGGUCUUGGUCUUGUGUCCAGUCAUGGUCUUGGUCUUGGUCGUGUCCUCAGUGGUGACCCCAACCAUGGCCUUGGUCUUGGUCUUGGUCUUGUGUCCAGUCAUGGUCUUGGUCUUGGUUGUGUCCUCAAUGGUGACCCCAACCAUGGCCUUGACCGAGUGACCUGUGGUGACCCCAGUCCUGUCCCUGGUCAUCGCCUUAGUCAUGGUCAAGGCCUUGGUCCUGUCCGCAGUGGUGACCACGAUGACCGUUAUGGUCUUGGCCAUGUCCCCAGUGGUCACCCCAGUCAUGGUCAAGGUUUUGGCCUUGGUCCUGUCUGCAGUGGUGGCCAUGAUGACCAUCAGGCUCUUGGCCAUGGUCUUUGUCUUCUCACCAGUGGUGACCACAGUCAUGGUCAAGGCCUUGGGCCUGUUGCCGGUGGUGGCCACGAUGACCAUCGAGGUCUUGGCCAUGUCCCCAGUGGUGACCCCAGUCAUGUCCCCAGUGGUGACCCCAGUCAUGGCCAUGGUCCCAGUGGUGACCCCAGUCAUGGCCCCAGUGGUCACCCCAGUCAUGGUCAUGGCCCCAGUGGUGACCCCAGUCAUGGCCCCCGUGGUCACCCCAGUCAUGGCCAUGGUCCCAGUGGUGACCCCAGUCAUGGCCCCAGUGGUCACCCCAGUCAUGGCCCCAGUGGUCACCCCAGUCAUGGCCAUGGCCCCCGUGGUGACCCCAGUCAUGGCCCCAGUGGUCACCCCAGUCAUGGCCAUGGCCCCCGUGGUCACCCCAGUCAUGGCCCCAGUGGUCACCCCAGUCAUGGCCAUGGCCCCAGUGGUCACCCCAGUCAUGGCCCCAGUGGUCACCCCAGUCAUGGCCAUGGCCCCCGUGGUGACCCCAGUCAUGGCCCCAGUGGUCACCCCAGUCAUGGCCAUGGUCCCAGUGGUGACCCCAGUCAUGGCCCCAGUGGUCACCCCAGUCAUGGCCAUGGUCCCAGUGGUGACCCCAGUCAUGGUCCCAGUGGUGACCCCAGUCAUGGCCAUGGCCCCAGUGGUCACCCCAGUCAUGGCCAUGGUCCCAGUGGUGACCCCAGUCAUGGUCCCAGUGGUGACCCCAGUCAUGGCCCCAGUGGUCACCCCAGUCAUGGCCCCAGUGGUGACCCCAGUCAUGGCCCCAGUGGUCACCCCAGUCAUGGCCAUGGCCCCCGUGGUCACCCCAGUCAUGGCCCCAGUGGUCACCCCAGUCAUGGUCAAGGUCAUGGCCAAGGUCAAGGUCAAGGCCUCGCUCCCGUCCCCGUUGAAGUCCCUGAGGCCAAGAUGGCGGCACCGGGCGGGGGCUGGGUCUGGAGACCCUGGCCCUGAACUGGGGGGACUGGGAUGGACUGGGAGGGACUGGGAGGGA